GGAGUGGGGUCAGAAAGGUACAAUAAGCCUGACUUAAAGCCUCCAUUUUGUGUUGGAAGCCGUGCCCAAUUACUGCUGCCCCUACAGCACACAGUCUCUUCACUGAUGGAUGUACAUAACCAGCCUGAGGCACCAAAAUAUGUGUAAGUUGUAAAGAAUUAUUUUCAACACCGGGAGUUUAGCUUUACAUUGAAAGAUGAUGUAUACGUGCGAUACCAGUCCUUCAACAAUCAAAGUGAACUAGAAAAAGAGAUGCAGAAAAUGUGCCCAUACAAAAUAGAUAUUGGGGCGGUGUACUCGCACAGGCCAAGCUUACACAACACUGUGAAAUCGGGAACUUUCCAAGCACAGGAGAAGGAGCUGGUAUUUGAUAUAGACAUGACCGAUUAUGACGAUGUCCGGAGGUGUUGCAGUUCUGCGGAUAUAUGCCCAAAAUGCUGGACUCUAAUGACCAUUGCAGUUCGAAUUCUAGACAGAGCAUUGGCAGAGGAUUUUGGAUUCAAGCACCGUUUGUGGGUCUACUCAGGCAGAAGAGGAGUUCAUUGCUGGGUGUGUGAUGACUCUGCGAGGAAGCUUUCCCAAGCUGAAAGGUCGGCAGUCGCUGAAUAUCUGAGCGUUGUGAAGGGUGGAGAAGAAACAAUAAAGAAAGUCCAGCUCCCUGAAACAAUUCAUCCAUUCAUAGGGAAGUCUCUGAAAAUGGUGGAAAGAUACUUUGAGAAAUAUGCCUUGGUGGACCAAGACAUCCUAGAGAACAAACAGUGCUGGGAUAAAGUAAUUGCACUGGUUCCUGAAGUUGCCCGUGAAAGCUUGCUGCGAGAAUUUUCAAAAGCACGUUCUUCUGUUGAACGUUGGGAUAAACUCUCAAGCUGUCUAGAAGCCACAGGGAAGGAUUUCAGGAGAUACAGUAAUAUACCCAAGGAAAUCAUGUUACAGUUCUGUUAUCCCAGACUGGAUGUGAAUGUCAGCAAGGGACUUAAUCACCUGUUGAAAAGCCCAUUCAGUGUACACCCAAAAACAGGGCGAAUUUCCGUUCCCAUAGACUGUAAAAAGCUAGACCAGUUUGACCCAUUUUCAGUACCAACAAUAAGUUUAAUAUGCAGUGAACUUGACAAUGUUUCCAAAAAGGAGGAGGAUGAAGAUAGCGCUGGUGAAGGAGAACCUGAAGCGAAGAAACGAACACGAGAUUACAAGAGAACCAGCUUGGCACCUUAUAUUAAGGUUUUUGAGCAAUUCCUGGAUAAACUGGACCAGUCAAGGAAAGGGGAACUUCUGAACAAAAGUGAUCUGAAGAAAGAAUUUUAAGUUUUGCCUUAAACUUUGCACCAAGAGCUACUACCUUCAAUGAACCUGGAGAUGGAGAUAAAGGGCAGGGAUAAUAUGAAGUACUUCAUACUCACAGACCUGAUCCUUUCAGGAGGACACAAUUUGUCUCGGACCACAACUAUCUGAUCAACGUAUGAGACGAUUCCACGUAGAAACAUGGAGCUUUUUUUUUUUUUCUUCUACUGUUAAGAAAAUUUACAAAAAUAAAACCUUUUGCUAGUUA